AUGGACUUCACAACUAUUCCAUUAUUUCGCAUUCUCACUCCGUUCCGGACGAUAGCGCCCUUGAGCGGCAAACCGUUGGAUUUUCAUCUAGGUCCAAACUCCCCUUGGCAGCAACUGGCGGCUAGCCUGGAAGACUUGGAUAUAAAUAUCGCGCGGAGAACAGCUACACCCUGGGGGCCUUACACCCCUGCCGAUAUACUAGGCUUCCCAGACUCACCCAGCGACUGCGGCCUCGACAGUAUCAACGCGCACCGAACCGGCAAAGAGCACAAACUUACCAGCAAGGUGAUCGAUCCUCUCGCCUCGUACACGACGGCGUGGAAAUUAUUCGACAUUGCAGUUGCUGAGGAAGCGGAGAUUUUCGAAACCGGGGCAUUACAACACCGCAAAUGCGACGGACCAUGGAUGGGAUCCAUCGCGUGUCUCACCGAGCUCGAGGAUAUCCAUGCUCUCAUCCAGUCCGUGCUCUGCCGACACGAAGCUCUCGACGCCAUAGCAGUUACCCCAGCCCGCCCCUUCAGCAACAGGCCCGAGGAAGUCACCGCAAUGCUUGCCGAUGCUGCAGUGCUCGCAAACUCGGCACGAGUUGGGUUGAGGGUGGUGGAAAACAUUGCGCUACUGUCAUUUGGCAUUAGUCUUAUGCUCCAAGGCUACACCGACCUUCCUACAGAGAUGCGAGACCUACAUUUUCUCCAGGCCUCCGGAAUCGCGGCUCCCUCCAAGAAAAACGUUCGAAGGGUGAUGAAGCAGAUAAAGCGCGUCAGAAACGGACUCAUGUGCUACACCCUUCUGUCGUCGCUAGUUGUUUUAACCCAGAACAUGUUCGACGCCGACCUUUGUCCCGAAGAGAUUUUGCACGGCAUGCGCCACUUCGGAACAGCCCAUCCGUUACAGCUAAGGCAAUUGGAAAAGGCUAUCAACAAGAGCAUCCUAGCCUGUUCAAUCGGCGCAAUAACACCCUGGCAAAGUUGUGAACUCAUUCUCUCAUACCUCAAGGAACCCCAUAUCCAAAAAAUCGAGGAUUGCCCCACCGCGCGGUUUUACUACUCUCGAGGGUUGCCGUCUGCUUAUGACCCAGACGUUCCUCUAACGUUUGCUUAUAUCGCGUCGCCGAUUCCGCCGUCAAUUUCCCUCCCGAGUUCGACGUUCGACUACAUCUCAAUCGACAGUCAGCCUGUUGUGCCAAUCGACCCGCCAUCGCCCGAAGACCACUCCGCCGAUCCCCUUAUUCCGCCUCGCGACACCUCUCAGAUUCAAAGCGCUUCUCAGGCGCCACCCGCCCACCAAACGACACCCCAGACGGCUCGAAGUGCUACACCCAAUACCAAUGUCACGGCCGCAGGGGAAGGGGUAGGACAGGCGGAUGACGUUCAGAGUGGACCCGAGGACGAUUGCGUUUCCGAGCAGGGUCAGGAGGAUCAGGCACAGGCGGAUGACGUUCAGAGUGGACCCGAGGACGAUUGCGUUUCCGAGCAGGGUCAGGAGGAUCAGGCUGAGGAUGACAGGUCGAACGAGGUGGUCCCGACGGCCGACGGUGAAGGGGAGAAUGGAACAGGGAGAACAAAACCUCGCCUGAAAGACCCGAGCCUCGCGGGAAAAAAAGGUUCAGACAAGCAGUAUCCUUCACGUCCCAGGCAACAGCCGGGCCCAACUCGGCCCAGGCAGCAGGCAGUUGAGGUCAUUGACCUGUGCAUGGACUACGAGGAUCUCCAUUCGAAACCACCACGGGAUCGAAAGCUUCUGGCUAAGAGGAUCGUGUCCUCUGUCAAGCUAGGAGGGGAGGAUACAGGCGACAGGUACGCGCAGACUAAGCCUAGGCUAGACGUAAACACGGUCACAAAGUACUAUUCUCCGGGUAAAGGGCUGAAGAUCAAGACGUGGAACGGAUGCGGAGUCCAGGAAGAAUACACUCCCUUCUUUCAUCACAAGUCAGAUCACGACGCAUGGGCUAGCAUUUUCAGCACCUCAGGGGCGAAGGACUCGGCCUCGCCGCCCCCCCACGUAGCGUCGCCCAAGGCAUCGCAAUUCUAUUGUUGUACCGAGCCAGAGUUCCGUAGCCUCUCUGCUGCGAGGGUGCAACAGAUCCUUGAAACCCAGUGCAUCGUAGUCACGGACCAGUCAAUCCCCGUUGUAGACGGUGACUUCCAAGUUCGCGUUUGCACAGGUUCGGCCAGACAAAUCUUCGAGGCGUCUUUGGCGUCGGGACGCAAACGCAAGGCGUGCAACGGACUCUCGUUUCCACUCCGUCAUGCUGCCGUCCUUCCUUCUCCUUAUUCGAGCGACGUCCGUGCCUUUUUGCGGACCAGAUCCGAGGAAGGGUGUAUCGACGAGCUGCCUGUGAAGGACAUACGAUUCGGUUUGGCGGCGACAGAAGGGGCACAUCACUAUUGGCAUAUCGAUAAUCGUGGGGAGUGUACGUACGUCUCAGUGCUGGCGGGUCAGAAACUUUGGGCAGUUGCUAGGCCAUUGGAUGGGAACUGGUGGGCCUCACUUGAUGCCUUCACAGGGGAGGACUUCAGGGUGACAGAGUUGGAUUGCUCGAAAUGGGAGACUGAAAUGGUCCGGUUAGACCCAGGGGACACAGUAAUCAUGCCUCCUGUCACUCUCCAUGCAGUGUUCACGAGCGCUCAUUCGGCGUGUCAUGGCGGCCAUUUCCUGGCGAGGUCUUGUCUGAAAAGGACAGUGACUGGAAUGGUUCACACUUUCUUCGAAGGCAGUGUGAUAACAAACAUUGAUCACCCGUCUUUCCAGUCUCGAGUAAACUCGUACGCGUGUUUCCUUUACAAGACACUAGGCAUCGGAGACACGCAGGACAACGAUAUUCCCCACCUCCCAGACAUUGAUACUCCUCAGGGCCUUUACGACCUCACCUUGGUAGCCUGCGCAAUGGAAAUCCAAGAGAUCAUAUGCCCGCUAAGCUAUCAACCGGCCUCGAGGGAAGACUGGGGCGACUAUGUUAAACCCUCUCGCCUUGGCGACCUCCUCUACAAGAGCAACAUUUCUGCAACGUCCCACACCUCCCGGGUCCAGACGGUUUGGGCUCGUGGCCGCAUUCACGAAGCGUUGAAAAGUGUUUACGGCGGGGUUGUCAUGACUAGCCCAGAGGGCGAGGAGAUUGACGGAUGGCACCUCUUGUUUUUCCCAAUGCUCGGGUGGCUUCUGAAGGCCCUCAAGUGUUAUUAUAAUCGCUCAAGGCCCCGGUUAGACAUCGACGAGUCACUUUUUUCCAGGCAGCUCGAGUGGGUGACAAAGGCUUUCCCGUCAGCCGCAGAAGAAACGGAUGCCCUGAGCGAAAGAGAGGUCAAAUCUGUGCUCCCGCCCUUACCAGCUUUCACCGUGGCCAGAAAAGAGAAAGGAAAAACACCACCAGCGACAGCAUCUUCAUGA